GAUCCAAUUCGUCAAAAAUCAGUCUUUCAUAGUUCUGCCAAUAUCCAGGAAAAAAGCAAUAGCAAUUAUCAUCAAUGGCUCAUCACCAUACCAUUUCAGGUCUGAUCGGGAAACUUACAACUAUAUCGGAGGUUAACUGCGAAGCUCACCAUUACUACGAAAUUUGGAAGCACCACGAAGACAUGCCAAACGCGGUACCACAUCAGUACACCGGUGUCAAGGUUGUCGAGGGACAUGGGCUUACUUCUGGCUGUAUCAAGGAAUGGGAUUAUGUUCAUGAGGGUCAAACACUGGUUGUUAAAGAGAAAACAACAUUCGACGAUGAAACAAUGACGAUAUGUCACAGUGCGGUGGGAGGAGACGUGCUGAAAGAUUACAAGAAGUUUGAUGCAAUUCUAGAUGUUAACCCAAAGGCUGAUGGAAAGGGCUGUACCGUGAGUUGGACUAUCGAUUAUGAGAAGCUUAACGAGGAUUCUCCCGUUCCUAUCAAUUAUUUGGCUUUCUUGCAAAAGAAUAUCGAGGACUUGAACACUCAUCUUUGCGAUAAACCUGAAUAAGUUAAUCGCUUAUGGGUGUGACCUAUUGAUAUGCAGUGGGGGCGAUUUCAGUGUUGGAUCUGGUGGUUGUGUGAUAGUAAGGACUAAAUAAAUGGAUUUACGUACCACAAUAUGUAUAAUUAAUUAACGAUGUUAAUGUGCAUAGCACAUGCGUGGUUUGUUUUAUUUGAUUUCAUUGCGGAAGCACUUAUCCUUUGUUUCAAUAUAAAUAUGUCAUCUAAAUAAAUUCAUUAUACAAAAAAAAAA